AAGGCCUUCUUUUUCGAUCUGUUGGUCCCUAAAAAUUUGGAUCCUUAUUUAGCCAGUUCUAGCUACAUUUGUGUAGCUAUUGAGGGCAAAGGUAGCCACUCAAGUAACCGCAAUCCAGCAAUAUGUCGAAGAAUAAUCUUCUACCACCAUCUUCAACGGCUUCCCUAAUGAUUCCGCAAACGACACCACCAAAUAAUGGAAGUGGCUCUGCAACUGGCAAUCCCCGUAAUAAAUGUGCCCUAAAACCGGGGCAUUCAUUAAUGGAUUGGAUACGUUUGGGCAAUUCUGGGGUUGAUCUAUCCGGUACCCAAGGACGUAUAAUACCGGUAACGCCAGAAGAACUUUCAAAGCACAAUACCAGGAAUGAUGCCUGGAUGGCAAUACGAGGUGUGGUAUAUAAUGUAACACGAUAUAUGGACUUCCAUCCUGGAGGCGUCGAUGAAUUGAUGCGUGGUGUGGGUAAAGAUGCUACAAAACUUUUCAAUGAAGUACAUGCUUGGGUGAACUAUCAACAGCUACUUAAUAAAUGUGUAAUUGGUCCCCUAAAACAUUCAAAAAAAGUGGAGAAAAUUGUAGAAGAAACCACAGACUCUUUAUCCACAAAGCUAUCUCCCAAAUUUGCAAAACCGCCAUUACCACCUGCAUCACAAGACAUUCUGCCACGAUUAGAUUGGAUACAAAAUCGAAAUAGUAUAACCAUUUACUUCUAUACAAAACAGUUUUGCAAUCCUGGUUCCUUAAUACGAAAAGUUCCUGAUCAACCAGAUAAUCAUGUUGAAAUUUGGAUAUUAAUAGACACCUAUUUACAUAAAUUUGACUUUGAUUUACACUCUGAGGUAGAAUGGCCGCCAAAGGACGUGAAAAUUAAUAGAGAAAGUGGAAAAAUUGAAAUUUGUUUCGAGAAACCUGAUGCCAACAAAGAUAUAUGGCCACAGUUAGGAAAACAUCAAGUGAAAAAAAUGCUAAGAAAUUCCGUGGAAAAUGAUUUGUUACUGGAUUUUAAAACAUCUCAACAGCAUCAGUAUAAUCAUAAUACCUUUGUUCUUUUGCUGAAUAAUCCUAACGUGAUUUGUACUCUACCGCUGGGAUAUCAUGUUUCGCUUGAAUGUCAAAUAAACUCAAGGAAUUUGAGUAAAUGUUAUACGCCAGUUCCCAGUAAAUAUCUAAGGGAUCUUAACCAGGACAAUAAUUGUGUUUUGAAAAUGUAUACAUUAGAUUUUCUAAUAAAAAAAUAUUCAUAUCCUAAUAGUUUCUCCGGGCAUCUAAGUGCGACUGGAAAUGAUGCAUCGUUGAAGGUUUCUAUACCUAAAGGUAACUUCAAAUUAGCCCAACUGGCUGGUCAUCGAGGCAUUUGUUUCCUUGCUGCUGGCAGUGGUAUAACGCCUUUUCUCUCGCUUAUUGAUCAUCUGUUGAAAAGAAAUACCAAUAGAAUAGAACUUUUAAAACUCUUGUAUUUCAAUAAAACGGUAGAGGAUAUUUGGUGCUGCGAUGCACUUUCCAACAUGGCGAAGGAAGAUGAGAGAUUUGAAUUUACUAAUGUUUUGUCGAACUCUGGUGACAGUUGGACUGGACUAAAGGGUCAUGUAUCAUUGGAAAUACUAGAACCUUUAGUGGAUAAAACGAAAACCGAUAAAAUAACUUUUAUUGCAUCGUGUGGACCAUCUGGCUUUAAUCAAAAAGUGGAGGACAUUUUGCAGAAAUUGGAAUUUCCAAAGGAGAAUUUAUUUACUUUCUAACAGGUCUAUACAAUUUGCGUAUUCGCAAUUGUUAUUUAACAUAAGCUGUUGUUUUAAAGUGCUGAUGUUGUAAACUUGUCCGUUCGUUAUAUUUACCCAAAAAUAGUUAAUUUCCAUAAUAAUAUCUUUAUGUUUCUAUGACUGACUUUAAAUAUGUACAUACAUUAAGAAAAAAUACAGCAAAAAUAGUUUAAAUAUCA